UACAGUUACGGACUGAGGUUGAGGUGUGCAAGUUACAUGUGGAUGAUCACCCAGUCGAGGCCGUCUUUUGUCAUAGAGGUCGCAAAGCUACCGAGGUGACAAGAUUACCAAGACUGGGUGAUUAUCUAUCUUGGACACCAAAACCAAAAGCGGUAAGUGACUUACACAGUGGUUUUAUUGUUUAUCAAGAGUUAGUCGUAGUUGUUAACUAUUUUACUUUUGACAUCUGGUAAUAGCUCUGCUAUUUCACAGUUUUACCAUACGUGGCCUAAUCCUUUAAGAUAUAUUAAACAACCCUGUUGUAUCUUGUUACAUGCACCUGACCUUCUAACCUUCUAAGAUUAUCUAUGCUUACUUGUUUACUUUCAUAUUCUGUUGAAAAGGCGGCUUCAGUAGGCCCUGUGUUUCUUUAUGGUUCGACUUCUAUUAUAAGCCACUGAGACUCGCAGGGUCUGGUUUGGAGAAGCUAAUAGCUUGACAUUUUCAGCGUACCCACAGGAGUGACAGUGGCAGCGGGGAGCCUGACACCACCCAAGGGGACGGCGAGGACUUUCCUCCUCACAGAGUGCCUCACUCGGGACACUUACCAGAUGAAAGUGAUGAGACUGGGCUUCUUCACUCGACAGUGGUGGGUUCCACGGUCAAACACAUCAGAGGAUGUUAUGGAUGCCUCUCUUGAUACGAGUCACUUGAGUCAGGAGUCUGUGGGCUCCAGCGGACUCACUUCGUCCAGCGACUCAGCCAUGGACUCAGGACUUGAUCGCACAGUGGACAGCAGCUCUGUGGGUCAUCAUCAGAUAUCACCACCUCCCUAUAGUGCUCAUCAUAUGACCCCGUCAGAUCACCGGUUACAUACUUCAAACAACCACUCCAGUCAAUCAGUUAAUCAUGCUAGUCAAUCCGGGCUUUUGCUGGCACCUUCAGGACAUGUGACUGCCACACUUAACUUGGCACCCAAUCAGAUGUCCACCAUCUCUGGCUAUGCGGUGUCUAACCUACAGUAUGCUAACUUCCCUAUGACACAACCUCAGCAGGCCUCAGGCUCUGGGCAGAUGGGCUACUUCAUACCUGUGGAACUGCCCAAUGUCCAGAAUGUGCAAACUGCCCAGUCCACUGUCACCCCUAAUGGUCAGCUGGAUGAGAGAGAAGACAAGGAGAAUGUGGACACUGACCAGAGAAGGGUGAGAAAGUCUGACAGGAUCGCCCACAUGGAGGCCGAUACAUACCAGAGACGCCCUCAGAGAUAUAUCCCCAAGCCAUACAAUCACGAGGAAAUCUGGUGUGAGGAAUGCAUGAGGUCCUAUGCUACAGAAUGUGCCCUACACAAACUCAUGCCCAUCCCUGACAAACUGGUGCUGUCUAGAGCCUGGUCAAGUCUGCCCAAUCUUCUACAGAUAUUCCGCUUUGGAGAUACGCCUGAGCUGGGUGUUUUUGCCAAGCGCCUUUUACCUAAACAGACUCAGUUUGGACCAUUCAUAGCUGAGCUGUGUGAGAGCAGAGAUAUGGUGGCAAACACUCGCUUUCUUCUGCGGCUGGAAAAGGAAGGAGGAGAUUAUGGUUACUUCAACACGAGGGAUGAGAAUCUGUGUAACUGGAUGAUGUUUGUACGUCCAGCUGAGAACUACGCUGAGCAGAACCUGGUGGCCUAUCAGUAUGGAUAUGACAUCUUCUUCACCGUGACAAAAGCCAUUGAGCCCAAGCAGGAGCUAAAGGUCUGGUAUGCUGCACACUAUGCUGAAAGGCUGGGUGUCAACACCCUGCCUAUUCUACAGGAGGACAUGGAAGCUGACCCAGAUGCGAAGUGGCCAUGUUACGAGUGCCCUAAGAAGUUCCGUACGUCUGCUCAGCUACAAAACCAUCUGGCGGAGCAUGAGGAGGGUGGAACCGAGGGUGACCCGGAUGAAGAGUAUGACAGUAACGGUGUCAAGAAACCCAAACGUAAAGCCACACAACUCACAGCCUCUGGGGUGCCCAAGAAAAGGGGACGACCUGCCAAAACACUGAAGGAAAACGGAGAAACUAAAGUUUUCCAGAGCUGGAAGAAGAGGACAACCAAUCUGUAUCUGACAAAAACACUGAAGAAAUACCAGAAGAGGCAUGAUCCUGAGAUGAUCAAGAGAACUCUUAAGUCUCUCUACAAACGGAAGGGCAAGGAGACAGGUGGGAACGAGUGGGUGUGUACUCACUGUGACCUCACAUUUGACAACUCCAGCCUGCUCAACCUGCACACGCUGACCCACGCAGCCGAGGAUGUGGGGCUGGAAGGCACAGAAAAGACUGUUUCCAUAUCCACUGGUGAAGAUGGAGAGCUGAUCAUUACGGGCAGUGUGCUGGAGGGUGCAGGGGAUGCCAGCAGCGAGGGUAACCUGGUCAGCCUACAGAGUUCUCCCCCUGCCUGCCCAGUCUGCCACAAGGAGUUCACCUCCAAGCGAGAUCUCAUUGAGCAUGCGAGCGACCACGCCAUGACUCGGAAAAGCUGCGUGCGAGCAAACAAGUGCUCACUGUGUUGGAAGGGCUUCAGCACCCAGGAGAGGCUGCAGAAGCACAUGCUAUGUCACGGAGAUGAAGAGACCAAACCUCUUCAGUGUACUGUCUGCUUCAAGCGCUUCAUGAACAACUCCGCGCUAUCCUGUCACAUGAAGACCCACAGCAACAGGAAGUUCCACGAGUGCCCCAUCUGCCGCAUGGGCUUUGACCAAUCCCUGGUGCUCAAGGACCAUGUGAAGCAGCAUGAGACCAAUGGGGUGUAUAUAUGUCCUAUUUGCCAGCGGCAGUUUGACGACUUCGUCCUCAUCAAAAAGCACAUUCGCGGAUUCCACUCGGAAAAACGCUACCCUUGUCCUGACUGUGACAAAAUAUUCCCGCGCUCAGACAAGCUGAAGCUGCACAUGCUGAAGCACUCCGCCCACAGGGACUUCAUGUGCGAGACGUGCGGGCGGCAGUUCAAACGCAAAGACAAGCUCAAGGAACACAUGAAGAGGAUGCACUCUAUAGAGCGGGAACAGAGAAUCCGCGAGAAGUCAGAGCGCAGACCCAGCCUCAAGCGCUUCAUUCCCAAGGUGUCGCCCACAGACUAUCACCGCUUCAUCUACAAAUGUCACACUUGUCUACUGGGGUUCAAGAGGAGAGGUAUGCUGGUGAACCACCUGGCUAAGCGUCAUCCAGAUAUCAAACCUGACCAAGUGCCUGAGCUCAAUCUGCCCAUCCUAAAGACACAGAGAGACUACUACUGCCAGUACUGCGACAAGGUCUACAAGUCUAGCUCCAAGAGGAAGGCCCACAUCAUCAAGAACCACCCAGGGGCAGAUCUGCCUCUGAGCAGCAGGACAAAGACGCUGAUCCCAGACAUCCCAGGCCUGCCCAACCCCACAUACUCCCAGACUGUGGGCAGCAUCACCACCAUGCCCCACUCCUGUGACUUCUGCCACAAGCAGUAUGCCAGCAAGGCCAAAUUGAUGCAGCAUCAGAGGAAGAAGCACUCCGAGCUUGUGCCCGCUGUGUCGGAUCGCAGGCUUAAGGAUGAGAUGGAGGGGGAGGAGGAGUGCCUGACGGAAGAGCCAAAGACUCAUGAGAUCCAUGUAUAUGAGACAGUGCAGGCCGCAGCCUUAGCCCAGGCUUCCACAGAGAUCCCCACAGCCGACCUGCUCACCCAGGCCAUGAGUGAGCUCACCCAGAGCCUGAGUGAGUACCGUAACCCCACCGGAGAGUAUCGCCUCACUCCGGGCACCCACACUACCCUGGUGCAGGCCGCCACUCACAUCCCCAUCCAACACUCCACAAUUGAGCUGAGCCACUUGGGACAGGCUCUUGGGCAGACCCAGUACACCACUCAAGGCCACCUUGCCACAGUCCAGGCUGCCCCCUCCCCCGGACAGCCCCAGGCCCCUGCUGCAGUACCUGUCACUAUACAGACCAUACCUGUGUCCGAAGUGGUGAAUGGUCAGACAAUGUCUGUCAGUGGACAGACAGUGGCGGUCAGCGGAGGUACCACCAUUCAGGUGCCUGUGUCCACUCUGGGCACCAUUCAGGGACAGACCUACUUACAGACUCAACGCACCUGGGCAAACUACCCAAAUUACCGCUAAGUGUGGCUAACUGUGACGUGUGUGUGACAAUGCAGACAAACUACCCAAAUCACCACUACAUGUGGCUAACUGUGACGUGUGUGUGACAAUGCACUUAGACAAACUACCCAGAUCACCACUACAUGUGGCGAACUGUGACGUGUGUGUGACAAUGCACUUAGACAAACUACCCAAAUCACCACUACAUGUGGCUAACUGUGAUGUAUGUGUGACAAUGAACUUAGACAAACUACCCAAAUCACCUCUAGGUGUGGUGAACUGUGACGUGUGUGUGACAAUGCACUUAGACAAACUACCCAAAUCACCACUACAUGUGGCUAACUGUGACGUUUGUGUGACAGAAUGCGCUUAGACAAACUACCCAAAUCACCACUACGUGGCUAACUGUGACGUGUGUGUGACAGAAUGCGCUUAGACAAACUACCCAAAUCACCACUAGAUGUGGCUAACUGUGAUAUGUGUGUGACCCAUGAAAAUAACCUGGACAAACUCCCAAAACUGUGACGUAUGUGACCCAUGAACCAUUAUGGACGAACUCUUAAACUGACGUGUGUGGCCCAUAAACCGACCUGGACAAACUCCCCAAACUGUGACAUGUGUGACUCAUGAACCAACCUGGACAAUUUGCCCAAACUGUGACAUGUGUGACCCAUUAACCAACCUGGACAAACUCAACAAACUGUUACCCAUGAACCAACCUGGACAAACUCCCUAAAUGGUGUUGCUAUGUAGUAUCGUUUUCUGCGAGUCUUUGUAUUGCCAGUCUGCAUCUCCAGCGCCAAAGCCUUCUACAAGACUGUACGUGAUUACAGAAAAAGACUUCGUGCCAUGCUUUGAUAGUGCCAUGCUUUCAUAGUGCCUCAUUGAUGAGAUGUUCCAGUAUAUGCUCUUCCUUGACAAUUUCAAGUAUUGACUGUCACAUAUUAAUGUGCUGUUGAGGCUAACGGCUUGUUUUGUCCACGCAGUAAAUGGACACAUAAGUAUUCCCAGCACUAUAUGUAGGUACGAAACUAUGUUCCUGCUCUCAUGCACUUACAAUGUUUACUUUUAAUUUAUUGUUUGAGUUUAUUUCUUAGUUGUGAUUUCCAUGCAUUUCUUCCUUGAUAGUUUAAGGAGCAAAUUAGUAAUAUAGGAAUCUGACACAUCACACAAGGCAAGAGUUUGGAGUGAAAUUGAGAGAAGAAGCGAUUUUCUUUGUGAGUGAAAUACACUCAGUAGAAUCACUUCAGUGUUUUGUGUCUUGAUUAAUCGCUUCCGUGUUUACACCGUCAUUAAGGGUUUGGUAUCCAGAUUUAGCUACUAGCCCUAAUCAUAAAGAUUAAACAGUAUGUCACCAGGAGGGCUUCGGAGAAACGUAAUAGCGACCUUAAAUCCACCAAAAACAAUGGAUUCACUGCCCUAGCCAAUCUCCCACCGGCUGCCCGGUAGGACUAUAGCUCAGCGGGUGACGUCAUCGAUGGCCAACCCAAUUCAGGCUGGACUAAAUAACCUGGGAAUUCAUAUCAAAAUAAUGUCAUUUUCAAGAUGGAUUCUACCUACACAGAAGCAAAUAUACUAUCGUAUGAAUUUGAACCCAUAGUGGAGGACAUUGAAGUUACGAUUUAUGACACUGGUAUCUCUGGACUUCGUGGACUUCAGAUUCCGAGUUAAAUUUGAUCUUUGUCCAGACAUUUCCACCCAUCCGUGGCAAUACAAAUUGAUAAACUAUGCCUCUAUCCUGUGUUAUACUGUACAUGCCGUGUGUUUAUCUUAAAAUUUAGUGUUUAUUCACUAUUCUUUACCUCUGUCGCUUCACAAUAAAUAUGAACUAGCAGUACAUGUUAUUGUCAGCAUUGUGAAUAGCCUCUGCCUGUAACCUCAUAUAGUCGAGUACAAUGAGGACAAUAUAAAUACACGUGCCAUGUGGACGUCGGCAUUAGUGUACAGAGAUUACUAUCCAUCAGUUUUCAGUUCAGUUAUUAAUAUUUUAUAACUACUGGGUGCAGGCACCGGGGUGGAAAUUGUUGGACUUGUAUGACAUCACUGAGCAGAGACCGCUGACUGUUGACGAAAAAAAAAUGUAUUAAACCAGUCUCAUUAUCUAGUGAUUUUACGUGCCAUGUUACUCAGAUUAAUAUAACCUUUUUCAAUAUUUUUUACACUCAAUUUAAUAACAUAUACAGGGCUAGCUAAUUACAUGUAUGAAUAAAUAAUAUA